AUGUGGAUGGAUGAAAUGAUUAGACAAAUGGAUAAUAGUUUAAAACGAUGUGAUGUUAGUGGAGUAGAUUUAUUAAUGAAUAAUCAUCAAAGUUUAAAAGUUGAAAUUGAUGUUCGACAAGAAAAUUUUACUAUGUGUAUUAAUUUAGAUGAAAGUUUGGAAAAGUAUCAAGCAAAAGCUACAGAUGCUCCAACAGAUACAAAUGCUGCAAUUGAUACAAGUGCUUCAAUUGAUACAAAUGCUCCAAUUCAUAGAAAUGUUCCAAUUGAUACAAAUGCUCCAAUUAAUACAGAUAGUCAUUAA